CUGGAAUCGUAAAGAAACAAAUUAACUAUAAAGUCAUCCCUGAACUAAGUUACUCUAUAUAAGUACCUAUGUCCUUAUUUAGGGUGUGCAUAUUUUGAGAGAGCUAGUAGUAGUACCAAUGUCUUUCUUGGUUGAGAGUUGUAGAGAGAUGUUGCUACCAAUGGAAUCAAAUAAAUCUGUUCCUGCUCCUUUCCUCAUUAAAACCUAUCAGCUUGUUGAUGAUCCUUGCACUGAUCACAUUGUAUCUUGGGGUGAAGAUGAUUCAACUUUUGUAGUAUGGAGACCUCCUGAGUUCUCUAGAGAUAUUUUGCCUAAUUACUUCAAGCACAAUAAUUUCUCAAGCUUUGUUAGGCAACUCAACACCUAUGGAUUUAGAAAGAUAGUAGCAGAUAGAUGGGAGUUUGCCAAUGACUUCUUUAGAAAAGGAGAGAAGCACUUGCUCUCAGAGAUCCAUAGAAGAAAAACCUCUCAAAUCCCUCAACAAUAUUUCUACCAACAACAACCACCAACUUUAUACAAUGCUCAUCAAGAUGAAAUAUCAACUAACUGGAUUGAUUCUCCUUUGCCUUCACCAAACAGUACUGAUAGUACUUCUGAAUUCAUCUCAGCACUUUCAGAGGACAACCAAAGGCUAAGGAGGAGGAACUCUUUGCUUCUGUCAGAGCUCACUCAUAUGAAGAAGCUGUAUAAUGAUAUUAUUUACUUCUUACAAAAUCAUGUGAGCCCAGUGCAAUUAGAUAACCAACGGGUUGCUAAUUUUAGCAAUGGUACGUCAUUGAAGCUAAUGGAGGAGUCUCAUGAUCAGAAUGCAGUGAAGCUCUUUGGUGUGCCUCUUCAUGGCAAGAAGAGAUUGCACCAUGAAUGUGAGUCUUUAGAAUAGUAGCUAUGGAGUGCUAGUGCUAGUUAGAAUAAGAUUUUGUAUACUAGUGUUUUUUAUUUUUUUUCUAUGUAGUAGGAAACUUAUAUCAAGAUCUUUAGUUGAGAAUUUCUC